UAUGUAGAAGGGCAAGAAUUUGGAGGCGAGAUAUAGAGCUUAGAACAGUGGGCGUGCGGCCAACUGGCACGUCAAAGUACGGAUGUCGACCGAUGAUGGGGCUGUUGACAAGUUGCCAGAUCAAAAUGAGGCAUCCGCUUUCUAUGCUCGCUAUGAAGCGGGGGACUUGCUGGGGAAGGGUCUGUCCAGUACAGUAAGAAGGUGCGUCUGCAAGGCCACUGGGAAACAGUGCGCCGUCAAGAUUGUCGACAAGACGCAAGACCAAGACUGCGAGAGAGUUAUACGCACAGAAAUGCAGUGUCUACACGACGUCUGUCCGCAUUCUCACAUCAUAAAGUUGGAGGACACGUUCGAGUCUUCGACUUUCUUCUUCUUGGUGUUCGAGCUAGCGGAGAACGGAGAGUUGUUUGAUUAUUUGACGCAAGUUGUGAGAUGCUCUGAGAAGAAAACGAGAGUAAUAAUGAUGCAAUUGGUCGAAGCAGUCAAGCAUGUGCAUAACGUAGGUUAUGUUCACAGAGAUCUGAAGCCAGAGAACAUUCUCUUAGAUGAACACUUUAACGUCAAGCUGUCUGAUUUUGGGUUUGCAACAAAAUAUGAAGGAAGAAAGCUACGAAAUGUGUGUGGAACGCCUGCCUAUCUUGCUCCUGAAAUGCUACAAUGUACAGUGGACUUCACAGCUCCUGGUUACGACAAUAAAGUGGAUAUGUGGGCCAUAGGAGUUAUUCUAUAUACGAUGUUAGCCGGUUUUCCACCAUUUUGGCAUCGUAAACAGUUGUUAAUGCUUCGUGCUAUCAUGAAUGGCAAGUUUCGUUUUGGCAGUCCAGAAUGGGAUGAUAUAUCCGAAAAUGCAAAAGAUCUAAUUACCAAGUUACUGACUCUCAACGUAGCUGCAAGACUGACAGCAGAAGAAGUCUUGUCUCAUCCGUGGAUGUCUAUAACCCAGCAACAGCCAGAACGUAGGUUUUCAGCGAGAGCGAGAUUUAGGGUUUAUAUUCGUGCUGUAUUGUUCUGCACGAUUAUGAAGAUGAGAAUUACUGAAGCUCCAGUCAAUCUACAAGGCUUGGGAUCAAUCCCAUACAAAUUCAAGCUAGUGCGACAGCUCAUCGACGGCUGUGCCUUUCGUAUUUAUGGACAUUGGGUUAAACGAGGGGACGAUCAAAACCGUGCAACAUUAUUUGAACAUCAACCUAAAGCAAAAUUAGUUAGUGGUUUGGAUCGGCCAUCGCAAGUGCUACUAAGAAUGUGAGGAUGUUUGAGUUUGUAAGUUUGUGAGUUGCCUUAUCUAUACAUGUACAAUUACAUGUACAAUUACAAAAGUCAAUUUCAAGGAUCUAAACAGU